AUGUACCGAAGCCACGAUGCCACCGUUCGGCAUGAUAAAGUGUAUGCGCUGCUGGGUUUGUGUGCCGAUGACCCAAAAGCAUCUGCCUUGGAACCAAACUAUGGCCUCCCUUGGAGUGAUGCCCUCAAGAAGGGCACUACUUACAUCCUUGGAGGGAAGUGCUCGGUGCAAACAUGGCCUGACACGGAUAUAGCAGUGAUAAAAGGCAAGGGAUGGAUAUUGGGCUAUAUCGCGCAGGUUCGACCGAGGAGUUCUGAAGAUGACCAAGCGUAUGUCAGCAUUCAAUUUAAUCAUACUGCUGAAUGGAGCUCCUGA